AUGAUUACUAAAGGUGUCAAGUCUAACGCCGAAGUCGAGACGCUAAAGCAAAAGCUACGGAUGUCGGUAAAUCAGGCGGUCGACGCUGUAUGUAGCGAAUGGGAACAGCGAUCGACAUCGCCGCAACCGUCGAAUAUGACAAUGGAACAAUCGUAUGGUAGCUGCCGAAAACUCGUAGCUUACAUAUUGGCCAACAUGGAUACAUCUCCAGGAUUUGUGGAGCAAAUGGAUCGGAUUAUUCUUGCUUGUUUCAGUGGAGCAUCUAAACGCGUGCUAAACGCAGUUGUGACACAUAAGGUGUGGUUUCGGGCUUCAGACACGAUGCAAGAGGGGGGAAAGGCGUUUAAUGAAGUGACAACAUCUUGCAAUCGUCACAGAGAAAGCUCUAGAGCAAACCUAGCGUCCAUCGAGGAUGCGACAGUUCAAGAUGACGUUGUUAUUAAGCAGGAGAAAUACGAUGAGGUGAUCACGUCCAAUAAUUUAGACGGUCCAGCUUUCAAAAGGCGUGAACUAGCGCAAUCAUUGCUUACAAAACGCCCACGAAGCAGAACCACCAAAAUGAAGCUAUCAACCAAGAAACGAUUGCACGCACCUAAUGUUAUCAAGCCGAAGAAGCUGCUUCAGCGUCAUUUGGAAGCGAACACCGCAAUAAAAAGUGUGAAAGGCGACACUGAAUCAGGUAAUGAACGGAAACGACGAAAACAGCGAAAAGUGCUGCCAAAACAAACGAACAUAAUAAAAUCUGCACCGCCAGUAGAGGAUGAAAGAGGUUUGUUGACGUUCAAAGAGGCGAUUGGAGAGUUGUGCUAUCAAGAACGUCGUACAUCCGAACAGACCGAGUUUUUUAAAGAGCGGUUACGCAAGUCCAUACAGUUUGUAGAUGCAUUACUGUGCCGACCACCGCCAGGCAAAGUGUGCAUGCAAAACUGUCGCCGCAUUCGAGAAGGCAUGUGUAAAAGUACCGCGCCUUGUCAGGAUGAAAUGUGUCGCAUUUGGCACGAUGUUGAGGCGCAUACAGACCGUUGCGAGAACUUAAAAUGUGAAUUUAAACUACGAAUUUUAGUGCGGGAAACCAUGCACAAGCUCCAUAUUAAACAGUUGGAGACUAGCACUACAAACCAAAAAUUGCGAAAAAAGACUGCAGCGUGGGACGACUUAAAUGCCAGUGAGCUUAGCGAGCCUGGAUCAUUUACUGAAACUAUCGCAUUACUCGAAAGAGAAAUUGAGGAUUUAAAACGAAGCCUUGUAGCUGAAGAAUCUGGAAUUGCUGAGAUCCAUAACGCUUUACAUCAAUAUUGGGCUACGCUGCACGAGAUCGGGAUUGAAUCCAAACACGAUGAUAUUGACCAUUUUCCAGAAUUUGGUGCGCAUUAUGCGAUCAGGAAAAAGCGUAAAUAA